CCAACUCUGGAAGUCUGGAACUCAGAUCCAUCGAACGGAACGAUCACGCGCCUGCCAAUCCAUAUAGCUUGACAGUUCGUCACUAUGAACAGCAAAGGCGACAGCUUCGACCCCAAAGAACACCAGCACCUAAGGUACAACCCUCUGAAGGGCAGCUGGGUCCUUGUGUCCGCUCACCGUAUGAAGCGUCCCUGGCAGGGGCAGGUGGAGAAGCCCCCCCAGGAGAACGUGCCCCGUCAUGACCCCAGCAACCCCCUCUGCCCCCGCAGUAUCCGUGCCAGUGGGCAGGUGAACCCAGACUAUGACAGCACCUUUGAGUUUGAAAAUGAUUUCCCUGCCCUGCAGCCUGAUGCACCUGACCCAGGUCCGAUCCAGCAUCCUCUGUUCCAGUCCAGGGCAGCUAGAGGAGUCUGCAAGGUGAUGUGUUUCCAUCCCUGGUCUGAUGUCACUCUGCCACUCAUGCAGCAGUCGGAGAUUGUUAAGGUGAUUGACAAGUGGGCGGACCUGGUGAAGGAUCUGGGCUCCACCUACCCCUGGGUUCAGAUAUUUGAGAAUAAAGGUGCCAUGAUGGGUUGUUCCAACCCCCACCCCCACUGUCAGGUGUGGGCCAGUAACUUCCUUCCUAACGAGCCUGCGCUGGCCGACAGGCGUCAGAGAGAGUUUCUACAGCAACAUGGAGAACCACUACUUCUACAGUACGCCAGACUGGAGGCCGAGAAACAGGAGCGAGUGGUUGUGGAGAGUCCUGAUUGGUUGGUAGUGGUUCCAUACUGGGCCACCUGGCCAUUCCAGACACUGCUGUUGCCGCGGAGACAUGUCCUGCGCUUGACGGACCUGACAGUCCAGGAGAGAGAGAGCUUGGCUGACAUUAUGAAAAGACUUCUGACCAAAUAUGACAACCUCUUUGAGAUCUCCUUCCCUUAUUCCAUGGGGUGGCACGGAGCCCCCACUGGCCCCCACCUCCAGGAGGACCAGUGCCACUGGCAGCUCCAUGCACACUACUACCCCCCCCUGCUCCGCUCUGCCUCCGUACGCAAGUUCAUGGUGGGGUAUGAGAUGCUGGCACUGGAGCAGAGAGACCUCACACCUGAACAGGCUGCGGAGCGUCUAAGGAACCUUCCAGAAGUCCACUACAAGACCAGAGAGACGGGGGGGAAGGCUUGAGGGGAGACUGGAGGAGGUGGGAAGAGGUGGAGGGGUUUUAGGUCGGGGUUCAUGCAAUCUACUGUGUGUGUGGACACGUUGAGAUGUUGAUGCUGGGAUGAGAGGUUCAUGCACACCGAUACACACACACACACACACACAGAUGUGCACACAGUCCUACCUAUAUCAGGGAGACACAUACACACAAACAGACACACACACACAAACGCUCUCCUGGCUAAGUCAGAAAGACUUUGAGAGACUGUAAUGUUUUCCCCAACCAGACUGCACUGUUAUAAAUAAAUACAACCUUAUCAGGUAAAUAACAAAUGUUUGUCUUCCUCCCAGGCAGGGCUUAGUAGUGUGUUACAGAUCCACUGUUGUCAGUUUGUUUUCAUGACUGGGAAAAGGCUUCUGUCUCCCUCCCUGUGCUCUGUCAGCCAGAUUCUAAUAGAAUAAUUGAUGAUGGGGCUAUGUUAGCUCUUGUUGUUAAUUAAUCAACCAAUUACCCAUCUUUACUUCGUGACCUGAACACAUGUUUACAGAUGGAGCUGAAGCUCUGAUCUGAAAUUAAAAUUUGUUUUUGAAACAUUCAGUUAUUUCCAUCGCCUUAAGGAAAGUAAGUUAAUGAGGUAUUUGUGUGUGUGUGUGCUUGCCUUUACUUGUGUGUAUGA